AUAUUGAUGGUGUAGAUGUACCUUAUUUUUUGCUCGGUGAUCCAGCAUAUCCACUCCUUCCAUGGUAAAUGAAAGGAUAUACUGGUAGUGUAAGCAUUGAGGAAGAUAAUUUCAACACAUAUUUAAGUUCGGCGCGUAUGGCAGUUGAAAAUGCUUUUGGAAGGUUAAAAGGUAGAUGGAGAUGCCUACAAAAAAGGAUUGAUAUUCACCAUAGUUUUAUUCCAUCUGUUGUAUCUUGUUGUGUCACACUACACAAUAUUAUUGAAUUGGAGCAUGAUCAUUUUAAUACCAAAUGGUUAAGAAAUGUUGAAGACUCAGAUGUAGUUUACCCUCAGCCCACAACCAGCGUAACAAAUCGUAGAGACACAAGUUUAAAUGUUGACGAUAUGAAGAAUAUAAGAGAACAUUUAAAAAUGUACAUGGUAAACAAUUACCCAUUGAGAAGUUCUUCAGUCAGGACAUUAUAA